GGACCGUGGAGCAGCGCAGCCCUGGUUAGUCGGGCUCAGAGCUGGAGACUAUCUGCACUCAUCCAGGGAGGCUGAGCACAUGUUUCCACCGAGACACUCUUCACAAGCUCCCAAUAUUAUCUUCCUCUGAAACACCAAUGGAUCCGCUGGAAAUCUUUUGAAAAAACAAAGUGCAGAUGCAAGAAGAAAAAAAAGAAAAAAAGAGUCAUAUGUCAAAUCCAACUACUUUUAUUUUCUUAAUUUGACACAUUUUUGAGAAACCUUAAUCUGCACAUUUACGAUGGACAUCCCCACGCCACUUCAGAUCACGGUGGAGGGGGUUGGUGUCUCGGAGUGUGGGUCCGGUGAGGACCAGCCAGCCGACGACCAUCUCCUGACCCUGAAGGCCUUGACGGAGAAGCUGAGACUGGAGACCAGGAGACCUUCCUACCUGGAGUGGCAAGCCCGGCUGGAGGCGGACACAUUCAAAGAGUCGGGAGCCGGGCAGAACCCGAUUCUGAAGGAACCUGAAGGGAAACCAGCUGCGCCGAUGGAGGGCGCGGUGAACCCCGACGUUAUUCAGUGCAAGCCGGCUUCCGGUGUUCUGAAAGGGUUUGGGAAUAUUGACGAGGCUCUCAGUUGGCUCAGGAGAGAGCUGACUGACAUGCGUUUGCAGGACCAGCAGCUGGCCAGGCAGCUCAUGCGGCUCCGCAGCGACAUCAACAAGCUGAAGAUCGAGCAGGCGUGCCACCUCCACCGCAGGAUGCUCAACGACGCCACCUUCGGCAUGGAGGAGCAGGACGAGCUGUCCGACCUGCUGUUCGAAUGCCCGCUGACCCCGGGCCUCGGCCUCUCGGCCCCGCUGAGGCUCAUCGGCGUCACCAAGAUGAACAUUAACUCUCGCCGGUUCUCGCUCUGCUAGUGGCUCCUGAACAGAACAGCCUGUACAACACUAUCAGUCCAACAUGUCCGCCCUGUUACAUGUAUUGAAUCUCUUAGUGGAUUGAGGGCGUGAUUGCUUUUUUGGGAGGAUGAGGCCAGAUCCUUUUAAUCAAAGAGAUUUAGGGAAAAGAGUUUGACUUAAGUUAGAACAUACAUAGGUUUAUGGCUCUAUGCUAAACGGCAGCUAUAUACAGCAACCUCUCUGUUUUAGAACCUUCUGGCCAGCAUGACUUUAAACACAAUUUAAAGUUUUUACACUAAAUCUCAAGCUUGGUCCCGUCCAAUUUUAAGCAUUAUCAGUUUUAUUCUUAUCUGUUACUUUAUAUAUUUUUCUCCAUUUUCCUUGUUGUUUGCUUCGGUGGUUUCUAUCUUUAAAUCAAUAUCAAGCAAUAUCAAGCACAUUCAACUGAUGUCUCCUGCAUACAGACUUUU